UGUUAACCAAUCAGCGCUCACUUCCACUGUCGCACUGCGAGAUAUCAUCGUAGGCUGUAAUUCAUCGGAGGAUCUGCGUUACUUUCCAGAGGAUUCAACGAGCGACAAAACACUCGCCUAAAAAUGACUUUGCAGGCGGAAUUUGAUCAAUAUGCAGAGGAUGUAAAGAAAGUGAAGACCAGACCAACAGACCAGGAGCUGCUGGAUUUAUAUGGCCUGUACAAGCAAGCUAUUGCUGGGGACAUUAAUACUGGUAAACCAAUGUUGGAUAUGAAAGGAAAAGCCAAAUGGGAAGCAUGGAAUUCAAGAAAAGGUAUGUCAAAUGAAGAUGCAAUGAAUGCCUACAUUUCCCUGGCCAAGGAAACCAUUGAAAAGUAUGGAAUGUGAUGAGGAAAAACUUUAGUUUUAAGUAUAGUAUAUACAUUUCAUAUGGAAAAAGCAGCACGAUGAUAUUAUAUUAUAGUUUUAGCUAUUGCUAAAAACAAUUUAGCCUAAUUCAAAUAGACUUUUCCUCUAUAAUAUGGAUUAACAGACUAAAAAUAAUCAUCUCAGUUUCUUAAUGAUACCACCUGAUUGCUAAAUCAUUGCCAGUCAGCUGUGACCUAAAUAUAUAAUUGUGAAAUUAUCUUGUUUUAAAUAAGAUGUAACUGUGAACAAUUUAAUAAAGGCAUUAGAGGUUGUCCUCUACCUAUACAUAAAAAUAAAAUAUCGAACUUUGGAUGGAA